UCUAUCAAAUUUCAAUUUCGAAAAAAGUCGAAAAAAAUUUAAAAUUAAUAAAAAAAAAUACAAUUCUAUGCUAAGAAAUAAUGGCAGACAGCAUGACAGCAAGUGAAUUGGAGGAGCAGCCUAAGCCGGAGCAGGAGGAGCAGCUACGCAAGCAAUUUCUAAUGCAGCGGUUCAAUAAGAACUUGCAGGCAAACGAGGUGGCUACGAUGCAUUAUCUGGGCAUACCCUAUGUGGUGCUGCAGCGCCAUCCAUGCUUGAGCCUGAUGGUGCCGCUGAGCACGCGGGAUUUUGCGCUGCCGGGUGCGGAGGAGUCCGCAAUGGCAUUGCAGGUGCGAUUCAACUGUUCGGCAAACUAUCCGUUGCAGCUGCCGAGCGUGGAGCUGACCGGGAUGCGCAAUGUGAGCAGCAGGCUGGAGCUGCGAAUGCGCGAGGAGAUUGCGCUGACUCUGGCCGAGCACUUUGGUCUGCAUAUGAUUGUGGCGGUGGUCACAAGACUGCAGAUGCUGCUCAACAAAAAGGAGCGACCUUAGGGUCGGAGAGAGAGACAAGCUGGUCAAAGGUGCGCAGUUGUGUGUGUGCAUGUAUGUGUGUGUGUGUGCGUCUGGACGUGCACAAACAUGUUUGCAGUGCUGCAAGUCGCAUACGUGACCCGUCGCCCUGAAGUAUGCAACACUUGCUGCACUGUUAACACGUGCGCGCUGCUGCUGCUGCUGCGUGUGUGGGCCAGGGGGCGUGGCACAAACGACAACUCAUUAAUUGGCGACACUGGCUGCAUUAACUUAUCUUUUAUGCGCGUGCCAAAGCACUUGUGCCCAACUUAUCUAACUGGGCUUAACACUCACACACACACACACACACACACAUUCACUCACACACACACAUACAAGCACAUGCACAUGCUUUGGCUGACUGGCUACAUUUCCUUCCGCUCCCAAGCAGCGCAAAUGAAAUUGGAAGUCCCCAAAAAAAAAAAAAGAAAAACACGAGAAAACUGAAAAUACCAAAAGACAUUUUAUGUUAGUUUCGUAGACUGAGCUUCCUUGGGCGCUUCCUGUUUAUCCUUAAGCGUGUGCAACAUCAACAGCAACAGCAUCGGCGUCAAAGUCCUUUGCCUCACAUGCCGGAUGUCUCUGGGUAAUUUAGAUAGCUGCUGCAGUUGUUGCUGCUGCUGCUCUCCCAACUUGCAUAAUGUCACUUUCAAAGACUUCAUAGCUAAAUUGCUGCGCAUGCUACAGUAAAAAAGCAAAGGAAAAACUAUAAAGAUGCACCAAAGGACAUGGCACGGUAGCCCAUGAUGCGAUGGCUUAAAGUCGAUGUGCGCUCAACGCCUAAAAGCAGGCAACCAAUAUUGUUUACAUUAAAUAAAUUUUUAGAUAAGUGUUCAAAAAACGUUUGACCAAUGAUU